AAUGGGUGCAAUUAUCAGAGUUGACAGAUACUACACCGUCCGACAACGGACGUGGGUGCGGUUUUCGGGGUUGGCACUUGGCAGGGCCGUAGGAAUACGGUAAUCGAAUAAACGAUUAGACAUGGAAACGGUUCUUUGAGGUUUCAAGUGUGUUUUCUUCUUCGUUGUCUUCACUCUUCACUGUCCAGUUUUCGGGCGAAACCCCGACCUGUGUUGCGGAAACGAGAGGAGAGGGGGCGAAUUCCUAGCGAACGAGCGAGCUAGAGAAGAGAGCGAAGAGAUGUCUCAGUUCUGGAAGCCUGGUUCGGAGAGACCUCGACUUAUUGAUGACGAAGAAGGCGGGGUCAUUUUCUACUCCUCGUCUCCAUCCACCUCCUCUGGUUUCGGAUAUGCCACCAUCGAGAAGCAGCGACAGAGGCUUCCAGUUUACAAGUACCGUACUGCAAUUCUCUAUCUUGUUGAGACUCAUGCGACCACUAUCAUUGUGGGGGAGACGGGUAGCGGUAAAACUACUCAGAUACCUCAGUAUCUCAAUGAAGCAGGCUGGGCUGAGGGUGGACGUAUAAUAGCUUGCACCCAACCRAGAAGAUUGGCUGUCCAGGCAGUUGCCUCAAGAGUAGCAGAGGAGAUGGGUGUCAAACUUGGCGAAGAGGUUGGGUACACAAUUCGUUUCGAAGAUCUUACAAAUCCAGACACAACCAAGGUCAAAUUUCUUACAGAUGGAGUACUCCUUAGGGAAAUGAUGGAUGACCCUCUUUUGACCAAAUACAGUGUCAUAAUGGUAGAUGAGGCUCAUGAAAGGUCACUUUCAACUGAUAUCCUAUUGGGCCUGUUGAAAAAGAUCCAACGACGUAGACCUGAGUUGCGUCUGAUAAUAUCAUCUGCUACAAUUGAAGCCAAGUCAAUGUCUUCUUUUUUCCAGACCAGCAGCAAGAAACGUAAAGGGCAAACUGGAGAAGAUUUGGAGCCAAGAACCGACCCUGCCAUUCUAUCAGUAGAAGGUAGAGGGUUUAAUGUACAAAUUCAUUAUCUUGAGGAACCUGUCUCCGAUUAUCUUCAAGCUGCUGUUUCAACUGUGUUGUCAAUUCAUGAUCAGGAACCCAUGGGCGAUAUUCUGGUAUUCCUUACAGGUCAAGAYGAUAUUGAUGCUGCUGUUCAAUUACUAACAGAAGAAGUUCAUAAUAACAGAAAGCACUCAGGGUUAAUUAUUUUGCCUCUGUAUUCGGGCCUUCCACGUGCAGAACAGGACCUUGUGUUUUCUCCAACCCCUAGAGGACAGAGGAAGAUUAUUAUAUCAACUAAUAUUGCAGAGACAUCAUUGACCUUGGAGGGCAUUGUUUACGUUGUGGAUAGUGGGUUUUCAAAACAGCGCUUCUAUAAUCCGAUUUCAAACAUUGAAAACCUGGUAGUGGCACCAAUAUCCCAGGCAUCUGCUAGACAAAGAGCUGGUAGAGCUGGAAGGGUACGGCCAGGAAAGUGUUACCGGUUAUAUACAGAAGAGUACUUUGUCAAGGAAAUGUCUACUCAGGGGAUCCCAGAGAUGCAGAGAACAAACCUUGUUUCUUGUGUUAUUCAAUUGAAAGCUUUGGGUAUAGAUAAUAUCUUAGGCUUUGAUUGGCUUGCAUCUCCAUCGCCAGAGGCAGUGAUUAGAGCUCUUGAAGUUCUUUAUUCACUGAGAAUUCUUGAUGAUGAUGCUAAACUUACUUCACCCACUGGAUUUCAAGUUGCAGAGAUUUCAUUGGAUCCAAUGAUCUCAAAAAUGAUCUUAUCGGCAAACCUACUUGGGUGUUCUGAGGAAAUUAUCACCAUAUCUGCAAUUCUAUCUAUUCAGUCCAUCUGGGUUUCUGUUAGAGGAUCACAGAAGGAGUUGGAUGAAGCGAAGCUGCGAUUUGCUGUUGCUGAGGGUGACCAUGUGACUUACCUGAAUGUAUACAAAGGAUUCCUCGAGUCUGGUAAAUCUUCCCAAUGGUGUUACAAGAAUUUCAUAAAUUACCAUGCAAUGAAAAAGGUUAUUGAGAUUAGAGAACAACUCAGGAGGAUAGCUCAAAGGAUAGGUAUAGCCUUAAAAUCUUGUGAAGGGAACACCGAGGUACUGAGGAAGGCAAUUACUGCUGGAUUUUUUGCUAAUGCAUGCCAUUUGGAAACCUUCAGUAAGGGUGGGAUGUACAAGACUGUUCGAGGUUCUCAAGAAGUUUACAUCCAUCCAUCAUCUGUUCUCUUCAGAGUUAAUCCAAAGUGGGUUAUCUUCCAUUCUCUUGUUUCAACUGAUCGACAAUACAUGCGCAAUGUCACUGCUAUUGAUCCUUCUUGGCUGAUAGAGGCAGCUCCUCACUUUUAUGAGCACCAAAGAGGCAAUCCUGUUGCAUACUGACUACAUCCCAUGAGGCAUUUUCUAUUUCCAUUGGAAUUGAGGCCCCGUUCGCUUUUUGGGUUUGAAGCUUCCGAAGAGUUUUGGUUGUUUUGUCCGUCAAUGCAAGAGAGCUUGUGAAAAUCCAUUAUCAACAUCUUUAAGCAUAUAUUGGGUGCUGCAUGUGAUUCCAAAGUGCCAGAAGAUGCUGUACAUAAGCUUCGCUUGAUAUAAAUGCAGCAGACCAUUUAACCUUCAUUGUCUAAAAGGUUCACCUUGAUGACACAGGAUGGUGUUUCUGCAAAAGAGGAGCAUCUAGAACAAUAGUAAUCAAGAGUCAGGUUUAAUAAAGAUUGGAUCUUCAGUACCUUUGCUUUACUGUCAGUCCUGGUUGUGACAAUACUUGAGAAGUUAGAAUCAUAGAACUAGAUCGUUAAAUUAAACGGUAAAGAAAAAAUUUCAGCUGAUGGUUCAAUUUUAUUCACUUGUCAUAGUUUGGUUAGCUGAUGCACGGGUCUGGAUUGAGACUGAUAGUUGAACCUGAACUAAAUUGUAUUGAACCCGUUUUCUGUUUGAUCCAUAGUUUUGCGAUGCUAGUGUGGAACAUUAGUUGAACUGCA